GUGUUGCUUAGUUUGAUAAGCCCGCAUUUCCCCAUAGAGGCACUCAACAGGAUUGGUAACAUAGUUGAAGAAUUUCUGUGGUGUACUUGUUCAGCCAGCCGGCUCAUCCUGGGUUAGGCUGAAAACUGUUUUAAAGCUGCUGUGACAGGUGUCUACCAGGAGAUGUCGGCUCUCAGGAAGAAGUUGGUGAUUGUCGGGGAUGGCGCUUGCGGGAAGACCUGUCUGCUCAUUGUAUUCAGUAAAGAUCAGUUCCCUGAAGUCUACGUGCCUACUGUGUUUGAGAACUAUGUAGCAGACAUUGAAGUUGAUGGGAAACAGGUGCAACUAGCACUUUGGGACACAGCUGGUCAGGAAGACUACGACAGACUGAGGCCUCUUUCCUAUCCAGACACCGAUGUAAUCCUCAUGUGCUUCUCUGUGGACAGCCCAGACAGUUUAGCGAAUAUUCCAGAGAAGUGGACUCCUGAAGUGAGACACUUCUGUCCUAAUGUUCCAAUAAUUCUGGUUGGGAACAAAAAGGACCUUCGUAACGAUGAGCAAACCAGAAUAGCUCUUGCCAAAAUAAAACAGGAGCCAAUUAAAUUUGAAGAGGGAGAAGAGAUGGCUCGCCGCAUUGCUGCCUACCGCUACCAGGAAUGCUCAGCCAAAAGCAAAGACGGGGUCAGACAAGUCUUUGAGAUGGCAACUAGGGCAGCAUUGACAAAUGUCGGUCAUGGCAAGAAGAAGGGCUGCAUACUUUUAUAAACUUUUAAAAGUAGAGCCAUCCUGAAGCACACAUUAAAAUGCAGCUUUCAUUGACAUGAUUUUGUAAGGAAAGUCUGCAAGUAACAGAACCAAUAGGGGAUUACUAACAAACUUUUGUUUCUGAUCUCUGUACUAUGACAGAGUAUUAAACCAUAUUUUUAAACGCCCACUUUACAUUUAAAAGGGGUCAAGAAAAUAGAUUUUGAUCAUUUUCCAGUCUAUCAUAUUUCCCUGUAGUUUUUGUGUUUUAUUUUUAUUCAAUGGGUGUGUAUUAAGCCAUAUGUUAUUCCCUGUAUGACUGUACUUACUUUUUUCUUUCUGUGACAAAUUUAUUCCAGUUGGCCUUCCUCAUAGCUCAGAUGGGUGGUGAAUUAUGAACUGGUAAUAGUAAAAGAAAUCUUAAGGGGUUCACAUAUGCAUACAUUUAUGUUUUAAGACCUUUUUCUGUACCAAAUCAUCAAAUUAAUAAACCUAAGCGUGAAUUCACAAAUGUCUAGCCUAUUAGUUGAAUUAUCUUUUAUAUUUAGUUACUCAGUCCAUUAAGGUCUGGUUAUUUUUUUGUUUGUGGUUUUACUCUACCACAUCUCCAUUAAUUAUAAUGUGUACUCCCUCACUAGGAUGUCACAAAUUCUUCCAGCAUAUCAUAAAUAUAUUGCACAAUCAUUUAGUUUUUUCAUUUAAAGACAAUAAAAUAUAUUGUUACUGGUUAAAUGUUUCCUGUUGAUUUUCAGUGCUAUAUGUGGGCAUUUUGCAGUUUUCAUCC